GCCGCUGGCGGCGCGGAGCUGUGGGGAGGAGGUUACCGGAACGGACGGAAAGCGGGAGUGGUUGGCGUGGAGAGCUUCCAGCAGCAGCCUGCGUGCUGCUAAGUCAACCGGCUGGAAACUAGCACUAGCAUUCCCCACUUGACUCUGCAGCUGUGAGAAAUAGCUAUGGGAGACCCAGAGAAGAAGUCUGAAGUAGUACUGCUGGCCUGCGGGUCCUUCAACCCCAUUACCAACAUGCACCUACGGCUAUUUGAGCUGGCUAAAGACUACUUCCAUGAAACAGGAAAAUACAAAGUCAUCAAAGGAAUAAUCUCACCAGUCGGUGAUGCGUAUAAGAAGAAAGGUCUGAUCAGUGCAGAUCACCGAGUAGCUAUGGCAAAACUAGCUACAAAAAACUCGGAUUGGGUGGAAGUUGAUGAUUGGGAAAGCAGCCAGAGUGAGUGGCUGGAAACACUAAAAGUUUUAAGGUACCAUCAACAGAAGCUUUUAUCUCCUGAUCCCACAAAUAGCCUGCAGAAUGCUAUACCUGUAACAAAGGCAGGACGGAAGAGGAAGCAAGAACCAAAUAGGCAUGAGCCCAUUAAAAAGAAAAAUCAGAGUCCAGAUAUAAAAAGUGCCCCACAGCUUAAACUGCUUUGUGGAAGUGACAUGCUGGAGUCUUUCGGGAUCCCCAAUCUGUGGAAGUUGGAGGACAUCACUGAAAUUGUGGAAAAUCAUGGCCUGGUAUGCAUCAGUAGAGCUGGAAGCAAUGUUCAGAAGUUCAUCUACGAGUCUGAUAUUUUGUGGAGACAUAAGAAUAACAUUCAUCUUGUAGAAGAAUGGAUCACAAAUGACAUUUCCUCCACCAAGAUUAGGAGAGCACUGCGGAGGGGCCAGAGCAUUCGUUACCUAGUGCCUGAUGCAGUUCAAGCAUACAUAGAAAAGCAUAACCUGUAUAGUCCAGAAAGUGAAGACAAGAAUGCUGGGGUUGUCUUGGCUCCCUUACAGAAGAAUACAAGGGUUUCCAAGAACUAACAACUAAUAGGCACUAUACAACUUUCUGCUGUGAAAAAAAAGCUACAGUUUGGUACAGGAAAGUAUGUCUUUUAAGGGUUAGGUUUUUUGGUUGUUUUUUUAAAAGUAAAGAGCAGGCUAAUUCUGUGGCUUUAGUAUAUAUGUAGUUGCUGUUGAGGUUUGGUGCACUCAAUAAUUGGACCUACGCAAUCUUUUUUAAAUCCAGUCAGAUUUUCACAUAUAACAUGUCACAGUGCAGUGAACUAAAUACAAGAAUUCACAAUUACAGAUUAACAAACAAACCAAAGGAGAAUGUUUUGAUUGGUUUUAACUCAGACCACUCUGAGUCUAAUUCUUAACAACUUCCCCUGUCUUAACAGACAAAGCCGUUUUUAUUUCAAAAUGUACUACUUACUGUCAGGAAAUCUGUUUAAUUUUUUAAGACAUUGCCAACAUGUACACCUCAAAGAAACUAUUCAGCUCAAUGCUGGAAGGAGAAAAGUUACUCCUGGCUGAAGUGGUGCUAGAUAUACUAUGCUUUGAGCUGCCUGCCUUUCAGAUACACAGCCUGUUUGUCUGCUGUUGUGCAAUUUGCUCCCAGAAAUGCCUUGUGCUUUACUUCAUUCAUGUUUCCAAAGCUGUACUUUAAGCUCAGCAAUGUUCUCAUGGAUGGACAGACCUACUUGAGAAAUUGGUUUGUGGCCAUUGAUUUAAUGGCUAGAAAUUAGCAAUAGUGUCAUUGCACUGAUUCUCAGACAUUCUCCAUUUAUUUCAAGUAAUAAAUGAGCUUUCACUUUUGAGCCAAAUGUAUAUAGCCAGAAUUUCUGUAACUGGAGUUGAAAAGAAAUGGUAGAAUAUUAAGACUGUGAAUAAAUGAAAUGGUUUUUUAUUGCUGGAAAUCUGGUUUUGAAUCUAUUGGUAUAUUGUCUGUAUUAUGUGAAUAUAAACUAGAGAAGCACUGUGAAUGUCAUGGUCAUAGAAUUCUAACUCCCUUUAUUUGCUGUCAUCCCUUUUGUGUUUUGAUUAUGUGUCUUAUAAAAGGUUUCCAAGAUGCUUCCUAAUGGGUCAACAGCUUUUUCAUACAAUCUCUACAAGAUGACUGUUCACAUUUUUCAGAUCACCAAAUCCAAUAGAAUGGGAGAUUCUUGGGGCAGGAAACCUAGAACCAGGGACAUGUUCUACGAACAUAACUGUGACAACCUGUAGUCCUCUUCCCCUGGGCAGAGGAUCCUCAAAGAACUGAGGGAGCAGUCUAGGCAUCUCUAGGAGCUUAGUGGGAAUGUGGAAGCCAGAAGCAAAACACAGAACAUCACAGGCAGUCCUGGGUCCUGUGAGGCUCUCAUAAAACCCAGAAGGGGAGCCAAGACACUAUUGGGAAAACCUGUAACCCCUAGUGAAGCUAGCAGUGGGCACGCAGACCUGGAGCCCCACAUGAAAUUCUGCACAAUUACCAUACACUAGAACAUAUGUGUUCUAGCUCUGGCCUGUAGAGAUGGCUAUCUACAGAGAAUUAGCAGGGAGACUGGUGUAAGCUCACAACUUAGAAGUGCACCUGUAACAGCACUGUGACAGAAAAUACCAUCAAGGAUUAUUUUGUUUUGUUUUUCUUGAUGAUUCCUGCAUUAAAUGUGCUCAGUCUGCCAUUUGUCCCCUAGAGUUGAGGCAAGCUUGCACUGUCCUUUGAUAAUGAGGCUGGGUUUGUUUAUCAUCAAUAGUAAUAAAGGUACUGAAAGGUAAAUUAUGCCCCCUGCAGCACCUUAGCAAUCAAACUGCCAUAAUUGAAGAUAACUACAUUAUUGAUGGUGUGCAGGAAAGCAUGAGAUCCACUUUUCUCUCUUGCUUGCUGUCUGUCUUUAUGACUGACAAGAAUAGAGGGCAAGAAAGAUUUAUUUUCAGCACUCAAGUCAACCAGUGUGCUUCUGAAUAACUUCAGAGCACAUCUUUCUAAUAAGAAAGCACCCUAUUGAUGUGGUCACUUUUCAGAGUAAAACUGCACUUUAAGUCUAGGUUUAUUCUCCUAAAUAAUGAUGUUGUUGUGUGUUGGUGCACUUUGUGUAAUUCUAGAGAAACUGCAAAUUUAGUAGGAUGCUUUAUAAAGCUUGGGUCUUCAAGCAAUUACAUUUCACUGGGUUUUAAUGUAGUUACGUGUGAUGGGUCUUAAAAUAAAUUGCAUGUAACAUGCUAAUUUUAGUCAUGCUGUUAUUAACCAAAUCUGAUGUCUGAUGACUACGUGAUUUUUAAGUAGGUAGAAUGGUGUCAGUGGACUUUUGUAUAUACAAAAUAGAACAUUGUUCAAAAAUUA